AUGAAGUUCUGUUCUGUCAGUGAAGCAGCAUUGUUCUCACAGUCUCCAACUCUGAACUAAACCAGCUGAGUCCUUAAUGUAGCCUUACCAGCGGCUAAUGCUAGCAAGCCAGCUAAGAAGACACAACAUGCAAGUAACUGAUGAUGGAUCUGUUUGGCAGAGGAGAGCUUGGGCUGCUGGGAGGUGGAGAGGGGCUGAGAGAUGAUGUGGGCGUAUCUGGGAUCAGCUGGUCGGCCAAUAGGCUGCCAGAUGACAUGUACCCAGCGUCAGGAUUGGCCCUGGCUGCCGCCUAUCAUGACAUCAAGACCCGGCUGGCCAGUCUGGAGAGGGAGAACAGCAGCAUCAAAAGGAAACUCAAACACUAUGAGUUUAAGUUUCCUAUGAUCAGUAAAUUUGGAGAGGAGAGGACACUGUGUUGUUCCUGUGAGCCCAUCAUCAAGGAUACCAGUGUUAUCCAAUCAGAGACCACCAACCUACAACAAAGGAUCAACUCUCUCACUCAGGAGCUCCAGAAGAGUAAGGAGAGAGAGGAGAGGUUGGAGGAAGUCAUCCAGGCCUAUGAGAAGAUUCACUUGGAGAAAAGCAAUGUCCAGAGAGAUCUAGACAAGAUGACCACUCUAGCGGAGCAGCAUGUGGAGCAGAUUUGCAGUCUGGAGACUGCUCUCAGACACAGAGAAACUUCCCUUCAGAAACUCAGCGCUCAACUCCGCAGCAAAGACACACAUCAGCCUCAACUCCACGCUAGCCUGGAUGUACCCAGAGAGGGGCGCGGGCCGACCUUGCAGAGCUCCCGCAGUCUAGACGCCCUGUCAGAUCUGAAGCUGCAGCGACUGGAGGCCGAGCUGGAGGGGGCGCGACACCAGGCCGAGGGAGCAUGUCAGAGAGAGAAGGAGCUGAGAGCCGAGCUUCAGAGGCUGCAGCAGGAAGUAGCCCAGCUACAGGAAGCACAGAGACAGGAGUUGGCCCCACACUGUGAGCACUGUGAUGUAGAAUGGAUAAAGAAAGCCGGGGACGAACAGGUGAACCUAGCAUUAGCCUACACUGAACUUACUGAGGAGUUGGGUCGUGUUCGCAGCCUGGCUGUGAAGCAGGUUGACCUUCUGCGGCAUGUCUCACAGGAGCCGGUCUCUCGUCCUCCCCUGGCUCCUCAGCGUCUCUCCCCCACCUCCCCCCAGCGCCCUUCCCUCUCCCCCGACAGGCUCCUCCCCACCCCCUCUCCUCCACUGUCCCCAAGCGAUGGCCCCGCCUCUUACUCCCAUCAGCUAACCAGCAGCCGCCUACGAGCAAAGUUCCAAGGUCGCCGUAGUUACUCAGAGGUGUCUGACCCGUCAGCCAUCCACAGGCCCCCGGUUCGCCUGAUGAGGGACCCAGUAUCCACCCUCCCCAAGCCCAGGCCCCUCCUGGGGGAGACGCAGGGUUAUGGCCAAACCAAAUCCCAGCUCCGUACCUCCUUGGUGGGCCUGGUCAGACCAGCAUCGGCUCACGGAGCUGGAGGAGAGAGAGGAGGAAAUGGAGGAGAGCGAGGAGGAGGCAGCAGUCUGAGCAGCAGUCCUCAUCAUUGUGCUCUGGACCUGGGCUUCCCCCUGGCUGCUGAGGUGCAUCACUUCUGUCGCCUUGAUGACCCCCCUCAGCCUACCCCACUAGUGACCCCGCCACAGUCCUCUGAUGAUGAAGAGGAUGUAUGUACAUAUCUAUCACCGGCUGCCAGCCCACCUCAGACACUUGGUGCAACUGGGAUUGGCUCAUCGUCGCCUAGGGAACAGCCCCUCCACCCCUCUUUCCCAUCUCCGAGGAAACAGCCCCACCAUCCCUCUUUCUCGGCCCCAGAGGGCCCUGCCACCCUCUCCUGCCAUCUGCCUCCCUACAUGAACACUGAGCACGCUCAGUCAUGGCCCUCCAUUAAUUUAUGGAUGGAGUCAGAAGAGAGUGCUGUUCGUAGCUGUCCUCUGUGUCAGCUGACCUUCCCAACCGGUUACCCUGACGACGCCCUCAUCAAACACAUUGACUCCCACUUGGAGAACAGCAAGAUCUGACCUUUCUAUCAAGCAUUUUACACCCAUUCCAACCAGAGGUGGGGAUUCUACUGAUCUUGAUUGUUUUCUUGUUUUUUGUGGUUUGAUGAGCCUGCAUGCUCCUUUCAGUGCUGCCUAUGGAACAUGUCCAGUACAACCGCAGUCCUCUGGUACAGGGGUUACAUGCCUUGGUCAAGAGGCACUUCCUUAUGCCCUUCUAUACAGACUGUGGAAACCAGCAACCUUCCAGUUACAGUACACCUCUGUUUUUCUACUCUUACGCAUAAUAUCUCUCACAAAGCACCAUAUCAACAAUUCAAUAAGAGUGGCUUUUAUCAAAUGCUGUUUUUCUCUUUUCACGACACAACUCGACUAACGACCAUUUGUAUAUAGACCUGAGUGCUGCAGAACUAGCAGAUGUAGAAAAGACAAUAGCGCUGUAUCACUCAGGUACACUGAAGCUCCACUGGUAACGUAAUAUACUGUAUAUACUGGUGUGAGACGAGCACUGGAGACAGAGGACGUACCGGAAACAUCCGACACAUGCAGUGUCAGAGGCACCUGUUGUUUUCAUGUCCCCUGUGUGCCUCAAACCACCUGGAUGUCACUGCUAUCAUGUUUUUGUGGAGGAUCAAGAUUUCUGAACCUGCAAUGAAUGCUGGUCAAAUAAUUUAGAGGUCAAAAAUCGUCUGCACAAAUAAUUUUAGUGAAUAAGUACAAAAUAUGUAGUCUAGAAGUCUUUCCAAGAAUGAGAAACAGGCGGAGGGAACAAACCAUGGAAUUGCUUUAAGGACACAGCAAACAAGUCAGGACAUUGAUGACAGUAAAUGGGGCCAAUCUACUGGCAACUGAAGUUCCAAAGCAAACUGUAUGUAAACUCUGAAGUGUGAAAUGCUCCAAAGGUACCAAUGUGAUUUAAAAAAAGCACCUACUGCCAUCUCCUGGUGUGGUAAUGAAAGUGCCUUGGUUAAACCAAAACCUUUUACUCAUCAUCUCAGAAUUAUGACUUAACAUCUCAUAAUUAUGGCAAAGUUCCUCAGAAUUAUGAGUGUCCCAUCAUUUUUGAUUAUUAGUCUGAUUUUUUUCUUGUUUUUUCCUAUUAUUGUGUGAUAGUAUCUCUAAUUGUGAGAAAUGUUAAGACUGAAGAUCUCAUAGUUUAUGAUGUAUCUCAUAAUUAUGA